UUCGGCUGUUAGGAAAAGCUUCCCGCCUUUUCAUCCGCCAUUUCCAAACACGGUGAACUCUUCCGGGACACACACCAGCCCAGCCAGUGUCAUUAUUUUGUCUAAACAGAAGCUGGAAAUGGCGCUGAGUUCGAGGUUGAAUCCCGCCGAGGAAGAAGAAAAUGAAUUGGACGAUUUCGAACGUCCAGGAGAAGAAGAGGAAGAAGCAGCAGCAGCCGGGGAAGAACCAGGCGACCAGCCUUCGCAUAAUCCUUCUGCUCCGCCUGACGAGUUGUUUGAUAUUUCAACGACGGUUGAUCCUGCGUACAUAAUAUCAUUGAUAAGAAAGCUUGUACCGAUUAAUGCAAGUGAAGCGGUUUACUCUCGCGACAACGGUUUAAGUUGCAAUGAUGGUGUUAGAGGAGGUUCAACGAGCGGUAGGAUGGAUGAUAGUGGAGCUUCGUUAUCUAGGGAGCUAGUUUUGAAUGAGUCCGACAAGAAUGAGCCUGAAAACAUGGACGUUGGUGAUGUCGACUCAUCUUGCAGAUCUCAAGUGACUAGUGUUUCACAGGCAGAUGAUGUCUGGGAAGAGCAUGGUUGCGUUUUGUGGGAUCUUGCUGCUAGUAAAAUGCAUGCUGAAUUGAUGGUGCAAAACCUUGUCCUUGAAGUGCUUUCCGCUAACCUGAUAGUAUCCCAGUCAGUACGUGUCAAGGAGAUCUGCCUCGGAAUUAUCGGAAAUUUGGGAUGUCACGAACUCCCAAUGAUGCAUAUUGUGUCCAAGGAGGGGUUGAUGAAAAGUAUUAUUGAUCAAUUGUUUCUAGAUGAUACUCAGUGCCUAUGUGAAGUUUUUCGGAUCUUUACUUCGGGUCUUAAGAGUAAAGAAUGUGGUACAUGGUGCGAAGCACUUGAGGCUGAUCAUGUAUUAUCUCGUAUUAUGUGGGUUGCAGAAAACACCUUAAACUUGCAGCUUUUAGAAAAGAGUGUGGAAUUCUUGAUAGCUGUUCUUGAAUGUAGAGAGGAGGUGUCAAGUGCUCUUAUUCCACCUUUCAUGAAGUUAGGAUUGUCGAGUUUAUUAAUCCAUCUCUUAAGCACUGAAAUGAGUGUUGCAACUGGUGACAAGGUACCUGAAAGAUUGCCUAUUCUAGAUGUAAUUCUUCGGGCAAUUGAGGCUCUUUCGUCAUUAGAUGGCCAUUCCCAAGAAAUUUCUUCCAACAAGACACUAUUUCUACUUGUUUGUGAUGUACUUAAGAUGCCAGAUAAAGCAGAGGUUGCCAGUUCUUGUGUCACUGCUGCAGUUCUAUUCGCAAAUAUGCUGGCUGAUAUACCUACUCUGUCGUCAGAGAUAUGCCAGGAUGUAUCUUUGUUAGAGGGUCUGCUGGAUAUAUUAUCAUUCGCUUCGGACGAUUUGGAAGCACAACAUGCAAUCUGGAGCACCAUUGCAAUAUUACUGGUGCAAGUCAAGGAAACUGAGAUGACCAUCUCUAGUCUUCAUCAAUAUGUUACGGUCCUCGUAAGCAAAUCUGACUUGAUUGAAGACAACUUUCUUGGCCAGCAAAUAGAUCAUGUUACAAUGGAAAAUAGUGAUAGCAGCAGACGAAAUGCUAGAAGCAUUGCCCUUCUGAGUAUUGUCGGUAUUUUAACCAAGUGGACUUCAUCAAAAGAUCGCCCCAAGAGAGAUGGUACAUCAUCUGAUGAACACAAUGCAGAAUACGAAAACAUUCGUAGAUUGAUGAGAUGCUGUCAUAAACAUCUUGGAGUAGAACUAUCCCCAUAGCAGCUAAUCUUCUCGUCGGAGUAAGUGACUUCCAGUCAUCCAAUAAAAAACCUUCAGCAGAGCGAGAGAUUUCUCCCACGAACUCCAGUGUCAGCGAUAGGGUCACCGAAGCGACCACCAAGGAGUCACCAUUUUGCGACGAUGAUAUGGAACAGCACCCCCAAGCAUGUUGGGCAGGAUUCCAGAAACAACUGGGGAUCUCCAUGAUGGCUUCUGAUUUCUUGAGUGAGCACAGGCAUAUCAAAAUCACAUACAAGGCAGGUCAAGCUAUAACCAUCCAUUCAGCAAACUUUGUACUAAUUGUUUCGAACGACUGAACACAGUUCUGGCUCGAUCAACAGAUCGCACAAUAUAUUGUAACUGUUAAU